CAAUAAGCCAGUGGUUCCGGGAGCGCGCGCGGAUUGUCCACCAUCUCAGCCCCUCGGGCGGUGCAUGUCUUAUCAUUCAUCUCCCCAACGAAGAGCUGUUACUCCGCGCGCACUGAGGGAUGAAACGAAAAAGAGCGUAUAUCCUUCACCACAGCAAUGAGUGAGUCAUCGUCCUUUCACUCAGCGACGCUUGUCUCAUUGGCCCGAUCUUUGUCCGGGUUUGGACUCGAUGCAGCUAAUGGAGGGCCCGUCAGCCCUCUUGAAAGUGAAGAGCCUCCGCCGCUGGACUCUGGCACUGAAAUAGGACCUGGACUAUUUUUUGCUGAUGGAAAGAAAAAAGUGGACUACGUUCUUUGCUACAAAAACAAAAAGAACCGGUCAUCUAAACGUUUCUCAAUCGUGUCCAAUGGGAGUGUGCCAAUAUCCAUGCCAAGUCGUCUGGAAGUAGAAGCAGAGCCUGGUGAGGCUGGUGCGGCCGCAGGGGAUGCAGAAGAGUCAAAGCUGUCCGAGGAGGAAAAGGCUUCAAUGAGAGAUGAGUUUGAGGCCGGACUGCUGGAGGCUGGACUUGAGAUUGAGCGAGACAAGGAGAGGUCAACUGGCAUAAGGUUUAUUAGACUGCACAUCCCAUGGUCAAUACUGAGCCGAGAAGCUGAGCUGCAGAAAAUAAAAGUCCCUGUCAAAAAGAAAUGUGAAUUGCGGAAACGAGCAGGCAUUGCUGGAAUGUUGGAUUCCGUCGUCACUGUACUGAACAGACCCUUUCAACCUGACGUCCCUGAACUUGAAAUCCACAAAGACUCAAAGUCACAUGUUCAGCUCAAAACCCUCAAACACCCUUUCAUCAGAGACAAGCUCCACCUGUAUGACAUCAAGUCAACAGCAACAUUGUUUGACAAUGCAACGCGGAGCAGAAUUGUCGCAGAAAUUAUUUCACGCACUACCUGCACACGAACUUGCCAAACCACAGGCAUCAGCUCACUACUAGCUCAGGGGGUUUACGACUCUGCCUUUCCUCUACACGAUGGUUCAUUUACAAGGAGAGGAAGGAAAGAUCAGCGCAAUGACAGACAAGUCCUUCAUGAAGAAUGGGCCAACUAUGGAUCCAUGUUCAAAUAUCAGCCUGUCGACCUGAUCAGAAAGUACUUUGGAGAGCAGAUUGGGUUGUAUUUUGCCUGGCUGGGUGUGUAUACUCAGCUUCUCAUCCCUCCGUCUGUCCUGGGCAUCAUUGUCUUUCUGUAUGGCAUAUUUACUGUGGAUACCAAUGUGCCAAGUCAGGAAACAUGUGACGACAACCUGAACAUCACAAUGUGUCCACUGUGCGAUGCAGUGUGUGACUACUGGCGUCUGAGUACGGUGUGCUCGCUGGCCCGGGCUUCAUACCUGUUUGACAAUGGAGCUACUGUCCUCUUUGCUAUUUUCAUGUCGCUGUGGGCUGCGUGUUUCCUUGAGCACUGGAAGAGGAGGCAGAUGUGUCUGAAACAUACCUGGGACCUGACCAGCUUAGAGGAUGAGGAGGAGCGAGUCCAGGAUGAACUGAGGCCUGAAUAUGAAGAGGCACUACAAGAGAAAAAAGCUAAGAUUAAAGCACAAGCAAAAAAGAAGCUGACUCAAGCAGGGGAUGGUACAGACGGAGAAACCGACCAGAUGCUGGCUUCCCAGGAAGAGCCAGAAUCACUUGACCUUGAGGAUCACCUGUCAGGCUAUCUCAUCAAUGUGUCCACCCUGCUUCUGCUGAUCUUCGUAACCUGCUCAGCAGUCUUUGGAGUGGUAGUUUAUCGUAUCUGCAUGUUAAGUGUGUGGUCCAUGAACCCUGACCCUGAAGCCAAGGCCAGUGUGAGGAUGACAGUCACCACCACAGGGAUCAUCCUCAACAUGCUGGUCGUUCUGGUGUUGGAAGAAGUCUACGGAGCCAUUGCAGUGUGGCUGACCGAGCUUGAGCUUCCUAAGACAGAGGAAGAGUUUGAAGAGAGGCUCAUUUUUAAGUCUUUCUUCCUCAAAUCCAUGAACGCCUUUGCACCUAUUUUCUAUGUUGCCUUCUUCAAGGGCAGAUUUGCUGGGCGGCCCGGUGAUAAUGUUUACGUCUUUGGAGGCUAUCGCAUGGAGGAGUGUGCUCCUCCAGGCUGCCUCAUUGAACUGUGCAUCCAACUAAGCAUGAUUAUGCUCGGAAAGCAGCUCAUUCAGAACAAUGUCUUUGAAAUUGUCAUACCGAAGAUGAAAAAGAUGUACAGAACAAUACAGGAGCAAAAAGGAAUGAAAAGAGCUGGAGAGAAUGAAGAUAAUGAAACAGAGGAGAGAAGACCAAAGCAACAGUUUGACAAAGAUUUUGCACUUGAACCUUUUGAAGGUGUCAGUCCAGAAUACAUGGAAAUGAUAAUCCAGUAUGGAUUUGUAUCUCUAUUCGUGGCUUCCUUCCCUCUGGCACCUGCAUUUGCUUUACUCAACAAUGUCAUUGAGAUUCGCCUUGAUGCAUCAAAAUUUGUCACUGAGAUCCGACGGCCUGAUGCUGUGAGAUGUAAAGACAUAGGGAUUUGGUACAACUUUCUCUGUGGAAUCAGCAAGUUCUCUGUAAUUACCAAUGCUUUCGUGAUAUCAUUCACCUCAGAAUUUGUUCCACGCAUGGUCUACCAGUAUAUGUACAGUGUGAAUGGCACCAUGAGCGGCUACACGGAGCACUCGCUCUCCUACUUUAACGUCAGCAACUUCACUCCUGGCACAGCACCAACCACAACACUCAUUACAGGAGUGACCAUGUGCAGGUAUAAAGACUACAGAGAUCCACCAUGGGGUUCAGAUGCUUACACCUUCUCCAAACAGUACUGGUCUGUCCUGGCUGCAAGACUGGCCUUUGUAAUAUUCUUUCAGAACCUUGCCAUGUUCCUCAGCAUGCUGGUUGCUUGGAUGAUCCCAGAUGUACCACGAUCCCUACGGGAACAGCUAAAAAAAGACAAUAUGGCAUUGAUGGAAUUUUUGCUUAAUCAAGACCAAGAAGCAUGUGCCAAAACCCACUCCGCAAAAAGCAAAACCCCCUGCUUCUCUGCCGGCAUAGACAUUGUGGUGGAUGCUCCUUCAGAAGAGGCAGAGUUGGGCCAAGUGGAGGAGGAGGAGGAGGAGGAGGAGGAGGGAGAAGUGAGAGUUGAGAUCAAUUUAGAUGAACCGAAGUGUUGUGAUGACGGCGAUCCAGAGGUGGAGAACUCAGCUGAAGAUGUUGAAGGAACAGGAGCACAGGAGUGUGGCGAUGAAAGAGGUAAUGAAGCUGAAGAGUCAGAAGGCAAAGAAAUAGAAGGAAAUGGAGAAGAGAAGGUAGAGGAUGAAAAAGGAGGUGAAAAGGAAGAAGAAGAAAAAGAAGAACAAGAACAAGGAAAGGGAUAUGAAAAUGAAGAUGAAGCAAAGGCAGCUGAGGAGAAUUUCACUGUAGAUUUGGACUCCUUCAUGGGUGAGAUGGGCCUGCUAGAUGAAGAGCCCCCAUUGAGCACGUCUGUUGAUACUGGACCUCCGCGCUCAGAGUCCAAACAAGAUCAUCAGAAAGAAAAGGAGUCUCAGUCACAUCCUUCGUCUAGAAGAGGAUCGUCCCAGAGUCUAAAGAGCUCCAGAACUGAAUCAUUAGAUGUUGAAACAAAGAGCUUCUCACUAAUUGCUCCUCCUCCCAGAGAGGCAAACCAAAGAGCAAAGUCCCGCUGCUCCACCCUGCCUUCCCGCCACAGAGGGGCUGAGGCCUGUUACAGUCUGCCACGUCCCAGCCACUCCACCAGCCUCACACGGUUCCAGCAGCAGGCCGCACUCAUUCCCCUCGUUCCUCUGGCCUCUUCCUCAUCGGCGUCAGCCACCCCGUUUCCCACCCCGCACUCCUCUACAUCACCAUCGUCCUCACAGCAGCCAUUGGCCCAACAGCCCCAAGCCUCAAGUGAACCUUUUAUGUUAAAAGGCCCCCCCCCUCAGCUGCCACGCUCAAGAGGCAAAGCCCGGUGCGCCACCCUGCCUCCACGAGCGAGAGCACCCGAUUCUGAGGGGCCCACCCAAAAGCCUAGCCAUUCUACCAGCUUUACAAAGCUUGGGGACCGCAUCCCACCUUCACCCAGCGAGCUGAAGCGCAACAACACAGCAGUAUGAGGAACUGCCCAGCAAGACAGGGAGGAGUCGACAGAGGGCGGCAGAGGGAGGGGGAGGACUAUCCAAAUGAAGCUCUCCGUUAUGUGCCUGGGGCCACAUCUCCCCUGCUGCCUCCCCUAUCUGCAUCUACCCGCGUCCAAACACAAACUAACCAUUUGAAAUGGACCUAAUUUUUAUCCUUGUAUUCUUCAAACAUAUACAGUCAUUUAUACCAAUAUUUAUACUUCUCAGUGGUUGAGCCUGGACACUUCAGAGAAAGACUACUCAGAACCCCUCUUUGCUAUGAACAGCAAAGACCACACUUUGACUCUUUUUACUUUUCCUUUUUGGGAGGAGGCAUUGUUUUUUUGUGUGAGUGCGUGCGUGUGUGUGCGCGUGUGUUCAUUUUGCCCACAGCCACAUCUUAAUAGCCACUGCUCUUGUGUCAUUUACUGUUAUCUUCUUUUCUUUUUUUAAUUCUGUUCAGUUCUCACACAUGCAGCAGUGCUGCCAUGUAGACCAGAGGAAGAUGACAGCAUGUAGAUCACAGGUAGAAUCAGCAGAUAUGCUUGUAGCUCUACUGUUUGUUUUUAGAGGUUUUGAUAUAUAAAGGAUGUAAAAUUCCAAUAAAAUGAUAACAUAUUUUUGAUA